AUCAUCAUUGUACAGUGUUUAUGGUCAAAUCAGAUGUUAAUCUCAUGUUUUAAAACAAUUCAUUUCAAAGGAAACAUUAAUACGUGAGAUAUGGUAAUGACCCUGACCUUGACUGUCAUUGAGGAACGUUAUUAUCGAUUCUCGAGCAUUUGAAUAACUAUUUGCCGUCUGGUGUAGUGAAAUAAACUUCUAUCUGCCAGGAAAAGGAAAUAUGGCUAAACCUAAAGUUUUUGUAACUCGUAGAGUUCCACAGGAAGGAAUUGACAUUUUAGGUGAAACGUGCGACGUUGACGUCUGGAAUAGUGAUGACGUCGUUCCGCGUGAGACGUUCUUAGAACGAGUGAAAGGCGUUAGCGGCUUGUUUUGUACCAUCAACGACGAAAUAGACACAGAAGUUCUUGACGCUGCGGGUCCGAGUCUGAAGGUGGUUGGAACAAUGUCGGUUGGUAAUGAUCACAUUAACAUACCGGAAUGUAAACAGCGACGUAUUUGUGUCGCGACCACACCGGAUGUCGCCUCCGACAGCGCCGCUGAGCUCAGUGUGGCAUUGUUACUGAUUACAACACGAAGGUUAGCUGAAGGACUGUCAGCCAUAAAAUCUGGAGAAUCUGGACCUUGGAAACCCAUGUGGUGUCUCGGCACCUUAUCCAUGGGUAAAACUCUCGGAAUUUUCGGAUUUGGACGUGUUGGAUUUGGAAUAGCUAGAAGAAUGAAACCAUUCGGAGUAUCUCGGAUAAUAUACUCUGAUCUCUUUGUAGCAAGUUACGCUGAUGGCAUUGCGGAAAGAGUAACAUUUGACGAGUUAUUACAGGAAUCAGAUAUUUUAUGCGUCUGCUGCGCCGUCACGUCCCAAACUGUUAAAAAAUUCAACAAAACUGCUUUCCAGAAAAUGAAGAAGACCGCUGUUUUGAUCAAUACUUCCCGUGGAUCUGUUGUCAACCAGACUGACCUGUAUGAGGCACUAUCCAACAAUGUGAUUGGUGCAGCCGGUCUUGACGUCACUGAACCGGAACCGUUACCCGUGGACCAUCCGUUAAUGACGCUAAAUAACUGCAUUAUCUUACCUCAUAUGGGCACCAAUACAUAUGAGGCACGUAAAGCAAUGAGCAUUAACACUGCCAAAAAUAUUAUCGCAAUAUUAGAAUAAUUAUACAAAUCGUUAAAGACUGCAUUUAUAUAUUAUUGCCAGGUAGUGGGUUUGUAAAUCUUGAAUAAAAUCUCGAGCAAUUAAAUUUCUCCAUGAAGUGUUUGCAAAUACGUUGCACGUCCUGUGAUAGCAGCAUUUUACACGCCGUAAACCCUAACAGAAAAGUUAUUGAAUAGUUCAAACUUAAAGAUUUUUGAUUUUCCAAGUGUUCAGUUACUGUGCAUUUUGACAGGUCCAAUAAAACGAACAUUAAAAGGAGCGUGAAAAGUAAGGAAGACGCCUGUUGCUACGGAAAAAUGGAAGUAAAAUGAUUCACGUCUUUAUUUUGAUGAGCAAUUCCAUUAAACAAAAAGUUUUCAACACUUCGUGUGUUUCUGCACAAUGCUUGUACUCACUGUAAAUGCAUAUAGCAAUAUGCAAAUUAAUUCAUUUGUAUAAUGUAACGUGUAAAACAAAUUUAUGUACAUAUGGAUUUGUAAUAAUGAAAAAUGAAAACAGAAACUGCAAAAUCAUCAAAAUUUGUUGACAUUAAAUAGUAAAUUCAGA